AUUUAGUAUCACCUGUGUUUAUGCUCCACACAGUUGGUGGCGGUAAUGUGUAAGUUUUGUUUUUGCGAUCCAUCAGAAAACAAAGAAGAAAACCGCGUUCACAUGUCAGCGUGCAAGUUGAAAAGAAGAGAUUAUGGAUUCUGAAGACCAUAAUAAGGUUCACUUAUCAGUGAAAGAUGUGCAGGACACUCUUGAGGCAUACCAGUGCCUCAAGUGCACAAAAUUUCACUGUCCGCUUUGUCCUAAGGACAAUAUAAAAUUUGAUGAAAACUUCCAGGCAACAGGCCACCUUCAGUCCCAUUUAUCUUGGGUGGUAGUACAUGGGUGUUUCAAAAUCUAUAAAUGCCACCUCUUGUGUCGCAAAACAGCUCACUACCACUGUUGUUACUGUGACAAAACAGUAAUACGUCGGACUGACUUUACAAAACACCUGCUUAUUCAUACAGCAGAUAAGAGUGCAGGUGGACAAGCCACCAGGACUGUGGCUAAUAACCAGGGCGAAAAAUCGUUCACUCUGGUUCAUGGACCAACUGACCAGCCAUCAGCAAUGGCCAGUGAGCGGAGGGAUCAGCAGCCCACCAUGGUCUGUGGACCAACUGACCAGCCAUCAGCAAUGGCCAGUGAGGGCAGGGACCAGCAGCCCAUUAUAGUUCAUGGACUAACUGACCAGCCAUCAGCAAUGGCCAGCGAGCAGAGGGACCAGCAGCAAACCAUCGUCUGUGGACCAACUAACCAGCCAUCAGCAAUGGCCAGUAAGGGCAGGGACCAGCAGCCCAUAAUAGUUCAUGGACCAACUGACCAGCCAUCAGCAAUGGCCAGUAAGCGGAGGGACCAGCAGCCAACCAUGGUCUGUGGACCAACUAACCAGCCAUCAGCAAUGGCCAGUGAGCGGAGGGACCAUCAGCCAACCAUGGACUGUGGACCAACUAACCAGCCAUCAGCAAUGGCCAGUAAGGGCAGGGACCAGCAGCCCAUAAUAGUUUCUGGACCAAAUGACCAGCCUUCUACCACAAACCAGAAACACUGGGGUCUACCAUCGGUGGAGCAGGAGCUAAGACAUCAUAAAUCAAGUCAAAAAAAAGUUUCCUGUCCUAAAUGUAAUGUGACAUUAUACUUGAAAAAUUUACAACGACACAUACGAAGAAAGCAUAGAACUGAAAAAAUUGACGUGUGUGCAGAUCGCCACCUUGCCAGCCAGUGCAUUGAUGCAAGAAAUGGUAUUUUUGCAGUUGCCAAAAAUUUCUGUGGGCCACCUGUUCCUGUUCAUGUUAAACAAAAGCUGAGAGGUCCAAGUGAAUGUGAGAUGGAUGACUGCUCUUUGUUUUAUGAUGUAGCAGGUAGGAGUGGGCAUCAAGCAUUUAGAUGUUCUCACCUAAGGUCACUUGACUUUUGUUCAUCUCCCUCAAACACCUGUCAUCUUGAGGAGGACACAUUGAGUGAGCUUGUAAAGCAAAAAUGGUUUACAGAUAACAAGAAAGAGAUGUGUCUUGCUCGACUAAAGGAGGCAACAGACCAAAGUGCUCCACUUGCUGUGGGUGUUAAAAUUGGGCCACCCAAAAAGCAUUAUGUGUCUGUCUUGGAGAACAAACCAUCAUAUUACAGUCGAUUGGGAAGGGUGAUGGUUAUGUAUGAUGCCCAGAGAAACAGCUGGCAUUGUCCCUGUGUUAAUGCACGUAUGUCUUGCCCACAUAAGUAUAUCGCAAAGUGGUUCCUCUUUCAAACUAAUAGACACCUUUUUAAAAAUGUCAAAUCAACUGGAACAGAAGAAGAUAACUUGGAUGGUCAUCAAGAAGAUGACAAGGAAAAGAUGGAAAAGCCGCUUGGACUUGGAAAAGAACUUUUGCAGAGAAUUUUAAAGUAUAUCAUGGAUAAAAAACGGUAUCCAACAAGUUUUCCUGAAAAUCUUUGCAAAGGAGUGUUUGAUCCUCCCCCACCAAAGCAUAUUGUGCCAUCAGAAAAGUUCUGCACUGAAUGUGGUUAUAACUUGCCUCUAAGUGACCCCAUCCUUAUCACAGCAAAAGCUAAGAUUGUGACACUGACAUGUGUCUAUGAAGGAAUAAGCACAUACUUAAGGAAAUGUCUAAGAUGUGGAAUGGAGUACCGUUACCAAGACUGGGAACAUGGAAUCCACAACUUUAACAAUCAUAUUCUCAUGGGCUUCCACUUGUGUUUGUAUUUAAGGGCAUCACUCCAGACUCAUAAUGCAGCAGGCAGAGUUUUCAAAGCAAUGGAACUUGCAUCUGGUUUAAAGCUUCCUUCACAUAACCAUCUGUUUCAUGGUUACCUACAUUUUGAAGCAUUGGUGCAACAUGACUACAAAUAUGCAUGCAUCAAUUGUGGCUCUCAUCCUCCUGUGGUUAUUAUGGAUCUUCAUAAAAAGGGAGUUUUCAGUAUGACAGCAUGCACAACAAAGCUAUUCUGA